AUACUUAAGUCCUUAAUUUGACAAUUUUGCAUUCUUCAUUUUGUGAAUUUUCAAGACUGGAUCAGAGUUCGAUUCACAAAAUUUCCGAUCGGACGUGUCCUGGUUUAACACCCCAUCAUUUUUUUUCCUCCUACUGCUGGUUAUAUAUAUAUAUAUAUAUAUAUUUAAUCCAUUUAGUCUUUCUGUAUCAGGAUCCAGAAGAUUGGCAUCAUAGUAUGUACUGUAAAUCCUACAUCUACGUAGAUCCCUUUGCACCUGCCUUUAUUCUUGUAUCAUUUGGAAUUAAUUUUGCCUGGGUUUCUUAAAUAUCUUUUCUUGAUCUUGGUUAGAGAUGGGUAUAUACCUCAGUGCUCCUAAAACAGAGAAAUUUUCUGAAGAUGGUGAGAACAGUAGGCUUAGAUAUGGGUUAUCAUCCAUGCAAGGGUGGCGUGCUACAAUGGAAGAUGCUCAUGCGGCAGUUACUGAUUUGGAUGCUUCCACCUCAUUUUUUGGUGUUUAUGAUGGUCACGGGGGUAAGGCUGUUGCCAAAUUCUGUGCUAAAUAUCUUCAUCGACAAGUUCUCAAGCACGAAGCAUAUUUGUCCGGUGACAUUGGAACUUCUGUUCAGAAAUCUUUUUUCAGAAUGGAUGAGAUGAUGCGUGGACAGAGAGGGUGGAGGGAGUUGUCCAUUCUAGGAGAUAAAUUAAACAAGUUUACUGGCAUGAUACAGGGUUUGAUAUGGUCUCCAAGAAGCGGAGACAAAAACGACCAAGUUGAUGAUUGGGCAUUUGAGGAGGGCCCACAUUCUGAUUUUUCUGGACCUACUUCUGGGAGCACGGCUUGCAUUGCAGUCGUGAGGGCCAACCAACUUGUCAUAGCAAAUGCUGGUGAUUCUCGGUGUGUAAUUUCUAGGGGUGGUCAGGCGUACAACCUUUCGAGAGACCACAAGCCUGAUCUUGAGGUUGAGAGAGAGAGAAUUUUAGAAGCUGGUGGGUUUAUCCAUGCAGGACGUGUUAAUGGCAGUCUCAAUCUUGCAAGAGCUAUUGGUGACAUGGAAUUCAAGCAGAACAAGUAUUUACCUGCAGAAAUGCAAAUUGUAACUGCCAAUCCAGAUGUAAAUAUUGUAGAACUUUGCCAUGAUGAUGAGUUCAUUGUGCUUGCCUGUGAUGGCAUCUGGGAUUGCAUGUCAAGCCAGCAGCUAGUCGAUUUUAUUCACGAGCAACUGAAAUCCGAACCUAAGCUUUCCAAGGUCUGUGAAAAAGUACUCGACCGGUGUCUGGCACCAUCAACUGCAGUAGGCGUGGGUUGUGACAACAUGACCAUGAUCUUGGUGCGAUUUACAAAAUCUAACCCUGCAGGUGCAUCUGCACAUGAUAAGUCCUCUGCUCCUCUGGAAGUGCCUUUCGAGUCGAAACCCGCAGAAACUGAAUAAUAAUAACUUCAGAUCAUGCAUUUUGGAAAACUACAACCUGUAAUUGUAUAUGGCCUUCUCUUUUCACCGAGAAGGAACGAUAGACUUAUUGUUCUCUUUCUCCCUGGGAAGAAUGUGUAUAGCUGAGAUGCUUCAAUUACAGGUUUACGUCUGGUUUUUGAUCAUAUGCUCUACUAUUAUUUCUUUUUGUUA